GAUCAAAAUGUCUUUGUUUUAUUUAUUAACCAAAAAGCAAAAUAAAUGUUUGCGCAAGAAAAAUUAAAUCCGCAAUAUAUGCAUGAUAAUCAGCACUUAAUUUUAUCAGCACCAUUGAACAGCCUACGCGUUGUGUUCGUGCCGCAUUUACACAAGCAAAACAACAACAACAACCAGCAGUCCAACAUUUUGUGCAUUACAUACAUGUAUAAAUAAAUAUACAUAUAUAUGUAUAUAUCUGUGUGUGCGUAAUAAUAGACUCUUGUGUGAAAAAGAGUUGUUGCCAAAGUAUAUUGCCUUAUUGUGAAAAUGAAAUUGUAAUAGGUUUUUGCAAAAUCGAAGCAACCCAAGCAAAAAUAAUCAGAAGCCAACAAAAAGCGAGCCAACGAACGCACGACGCUGCAAUAAAAUAACAAAAAUAAAAAACGAAAAGAAUCAAGCUAUAAAUAAAGUACUAGCUAGGCCGUCAGCAGCCAGCAUCUGUUUAUCAUUCUUAAAAUGAGCAAUUGUCUUAAAUAAAAGUAACAACAAAAACAAAUUCAUAACAAAAAGGAAAAUCUCAUUUUUUAAACGACAAAGACGUCGCAUUCCUUAGAGAGGGUCGUGCGGUCAGCAAACCCAUAGCUCAACAGCAACAACUACAACAAUAACAAGAGUAACAGCAGCAUCAAUAGCUGCAAGUGGAUAAACGCUGACGCUAACGGCGGCAGCGACUGCGGCAGCGAAAAUGCCUUGUGAGAACGCCAAAACGUCAUCGGACAUUGAACAUGUCGAUUGGAGCACAGGCACAGGAUCAGGUCAGCACUACGCAAAUGUCAGAUUCGGUUCCGGCAGCAGCCAGGCCUCACAGAAUAGUGGCGAUAUUUGUCGCAUUUGCCACUGCGAGAGCGAUCCACAGAAUCCGCUACUGACGCCCUGUUACUGUUCCGGUAGCUUGAAGUACGUGCACCAACAAUGCCUCCAGCAAUGGCUAACUGCCUCCGAAACCAAUUCCUGCGAACUAUGCAAGUUCCCCUUCAUAAUGCACUCCAAGAUCAAGCCCUUCAAUGAGUGGCAAAGCCUUGACAUCUCCGGCAUUGAGCGUCGUCGUCUGUGCUGUUCGGUUCUGUUCCAUUGCGCGGCCGCCUUGUGUGUAAUCUGGUCGCUAUGCGUGCUUAUCGAACGGGCCGCCGACGACGUGCAGCGUGGAUUUAUAGAUUGGCCCUUUUGGACUAAGCUGGCUGUUGUCACAGUGGGCCUCACCGGUGGCAUAGUCUUCAUGUACAUACAGUGUAAGGCGUAUUUGCAUUUGUGUCGUCGCUGGAAGGCACGCAACCGCAUCCUGCUCAUACAGAACGCACCGGAGAAAAUACAUCCCCCACCAUCACCGGUGGCCACGCACCACGGACGCUUCAGCGAGCCGCACUGCUCCGUGGCCCAUGCCGGCGUCAGUGGAACUGUGGAAAUUAACGCUGGCGCUCCGGUUGCUGCUGAUGGCAACGCGUACAGCAAUGCGGGCGUAGGUCACGCCAGUUGUGGAGCCAUGGAGGCAGGACUGGAGAAUGGCUCAACCACAGGACUGCCACAGCAUCACCAGCGCCUGCUAAAUGCCUCACCACACCACAUGUUGCAGCAUGCUGCCGAACUGGAUGUGCCACACAGCAGCGCCGGUACACAGACAGAUGAUGCCUGCCCGCAUGUGCAACAGCAGCAGCAUCAACUGGGCCAGGUGGCCGUUGCCGCUAAUAUUGAGUGCUCACAGUCGCAGCACAACUACGAUCGGGAUUGGGCCCUCGAUGAUGUGGUAUCACAGAUCUCCUCAUUUCGUCCUUGCCCGCAGGGUUCGGGCAGCAUGACCCCUUUCCAUGACUCCAUUCACAAUGUGCUGGAGCAUUCGGAGAGCUCGAGUCGGGGCUCAGCCACAGAUAUGUGUGUGGGCUCGCGACAGGAUCUCAGCGCCAGUGGCAUCUCCACCGAUACGGGUCGCGAGCAUGCUCUACAAUUGAGCAGCUUUAGUGGCAGUGGUGAACACAAGGCACCCUCCAUAAGCUCCGGAGUGUCGCAUGCAGUGGCCAAUGGAUUGGGCGGGUUUGCCUACAAACCGCAUCAGUCGAAGCGAUAUUCGAACUCGUCAAUCUUUCUGGAGAAUCGUGAUAUACUCAAUGACUCGCCCGUCACACUGGGCCCAGAGGUGCAGCCGCACACUUAUGACUACAGCACACCGCCAAAGAUAGACUACCGGCACUCAAGCAUACUGGCCACCACCCAGACGCACAACUGCUGUGACAACUACUAUCACUUGGGCAAGGAUUUGCGUCGCUACUCGGACACCAAACUGCUGGGCAGUGUCGGCGCUGAAUUGCCCGACGGAGGACAAGGCAUGGAGCAUGAGGCGAUGCUGUGCAAACAUGCUGCGGAAACAGAUACAGUGCUAGACAUGGAGCUGCCCACAUCCCCAUUAUCGCCGCCGGCUGCAUAUGCCACAAGCAAUCAACAGCAGCAGCAACAACAACAGGCAUCGCAUACAUUGCGUCGUUCCUGCGAUACAGUCGAUGUGUUUGGCGCCACUGUGGAUGAUGCACCGGCACCGGUGGGUGCUGGGUAUACCAGCCAUGCUGGCCAGUUGGCGGAUGCACAAAUCGAUCGAUCGCGUUUGUUCUUCAAGUCGUUGCCAAAUCUGAGCAGCAGCUGCGAAAGUCUGAUCAAGAAGUGAUUGCUUGUCCAGACGCUGCUCCUCCACCAUUAUGUCUAACCAAUAUGUGUGCUUUCUAUUCUGAUUCCCCCCGCCCCACCUCCAGUUCUGUUUCAUUAUAGUUUCGACAGCCAUCAUUUUUGUACAGCAAUAUAACCAGCACUGCAAUCAGAGUCCUGGGCUUGGCUCGCAAUUCUUCUGCCCAAAGCCUGAACGAAAGUCCUAUAUAUUAUGUACAUACAUAUAUCUGUAUUUAAUUUUUCCAUCAUAUCCAUAUUAUUAGAGCAAAAAACAAAACUAAACAAAACAAAAAAACAACAACCCCCAUUAACAAUUUGAGACUGCAAAAUGUACGUUAAAUGCAACUGACUCUAAAAACUAAAAAGAAACAAAAAAAAUACAAUAUUUCAAACGAAAAUAGAAAACAAAAACCAUAGAGAAAAAAAAACGAAAAACUAAAAAUUUCAAAAUUGUACUAUCAACUGAUAAUGACAAAUUGAUAAUGCCAAUGCAUUGCAUAGUUUUAGGAGCUGAACAAAUUUAUACAUACACUUAAAAACAAAGAAGAAGAAACAUACUAACUAAUAACACAACAGCAAUAAAACAGUUCGUAUUUCAUGCUCUCUACCGUGUAGCAAUUUUUCAAUAGUUUUUCACCGCAGAGAAAACUUUUGCUCGCUGCCUAAGCCAAAAACAAAUAAUAAUAUUAUAUAACAAUAACAACAACAAAUGUAACAAUUACAAUGCAUAGUUUAAAAUGUAUUAUUAUUACGUAUUUUGUUUCUUAACUUCUAAGUCAAAUGAAAUUUUAAAAAUUGAUCUGUGAUUAAGCGUCAUUGAAUAUAAGAUGAAAAGCAGCAAAUAACAAAAACAAAUAAACAAUUAAUAUAAAACAAAUUUUUAAAUAACUAUUUAAAUGCUUUUUCACGGAUGAAGUGAAAUUCCGCGGCUUUAGCAGCUCUCCCUCUCUCUUUUAAAGCGCUCUCUCCCACACUCUCGUAUUUAGCGGCGAGUCGAGCUGAACAUAUGAGUACAUCAAUAGAUACAUAAAUGCAAACUUAUGAAUGCUAAAUGUUAAGAGCAACAACAACAAAAUCGACAACUACAUUUUUUAUUAUGUACUAAAAAUAAUAAUAAUAAUUAAUAAAUAUGUGCAUACUAAUUACAACUGUA